AUGCGCAAGCAGAGAAAAGUAAUAAGGGAUUGUCGCUUCAGUGGUUGGCUUCCAUCUUGCUGUAGCCCGGGUAGGGUUCGGCUGGAUUUUCUUGUGCACAUUGGUAAUUUUUUUCGCAGGUGGUUCGCGCCGCCUCGCAGAUUUCAAGCCUGGGUCAAGGCAUGCGGUGAGAGCCCAAAGCUGGGCUGCUGGGCUGCAGUGAAGACUUUUUGCCGACGCGCCAGGUCCACCCAAAGCUUGGACGAAACGACCGUAGGCACAGGCGAAGACUGGACGUUCACCUCGCCAAUACGCCGGGCCCUCCAUCGAGAGUUCCAGACCCUGGAGCCUGUGAUUGCACAGGAGCCGCUCACGACCAGUGUGGCAUCAAGUCAGUCUGGUUCUCCUCCCUCCGAGAAGAAGGCACUUCUUGCAUAUUCCCAAUGCUUGGAAAGCCGCCUGCGAGCCAUGACCGGCGAGAACCGAGGCUUAAGGCUUCAGUUGCAGGAAGAGGAGGCCCGCUUCGCUCAACUGCACUCGAGCGUCAAAAAGGAUACAGACUUCGAGCUACGCCUGAGGGCGAAAACAAAGCAGCUCAACACGCGGAUGAAGGCCAGAGAUCGGGUCGGAGUCUUGUUUGAUGCUUGGUCGCGCGUUACGUCGAGGGCUUGGCGCGACAGGUGCAUCGAUGCCGAGCAUGAACUGGCUGCCCUGCGGUCUGGAGGCUUGGAUCUACGAGAUCGCCAGCGUGCCGAGGAGGCCGAGCGCGCGGUCCUGGAAAUGAAGGCAGCUCUCCGGCGCCAGCAUCAGGUCUUCACGCAGGAGAGGUCUGAGGCGCAGGGUGUCCAGCGCCAAUCUGCAGCUUUGCAGGCCAGCUCCGAGCAGGUCUCCAAGCAGGUGCAGGUGUUGUCGGACCGGCUUGCCCAUACGGAGGCUCUGCUGGCAGAAGAGCGGAAGCGAAGCUUUCAAGGUGAGCUUCAGGCUUCCCUGGCAGACCGGGUGCAGGCAGAGACUGCCGAGGAAUUGCGACAGCAGCUGAUCUCGGAGCAGAGCGCCAAGGCGGAAGCAGAAAGGCUACACGGGCUUGCGGAGGUGGAGCUGAUCAAGCUGUCCCGCAAGCUCCAGCUAGCGGAGAGUGACCUCGCCAGCAGCCAGCGCCGGGAGGAGCAAGCCCAGAACGGCGAAGCGGAGGUCUCUGCGCAUGCGCGGGUGCUGGCCGAGAAGCUUCGGCUCCUGGAGGACGAGCGAGACGCCGUCGAUGAAGCAGCCAGGGCUUCAGAGGCGCUGCGCCUCUCGGUCACUCAGCGCCUGCAGCAAGCGGCCUCUGAGGUGGACCUAGCCAAAGCCACGGCCGAGGCAGCCAGCAUGGAGGCAAGGCACCUGCAAGAAAUGGUCAUGCGGGCGAAGGUGAACCAAAGCUCCAGCCUGUCCGAGUGGGAGGGAUUCCAAACCGACGUUCGUGGCUUGUUGGUCGACGGGCCACCGCUGCCUGUUCCGACGAUGCCGACUGUCCAGGACUCUGAGGCCUAUGCUGAGAUGGCCGAAGCCCUCGAUGAGAUAAAGAGAUGGCGACUUCACGGAACGCCGCCGAAGAAUGGGUCCGCUUUGCAGAACAGUCUGAAGGCUCGAAUUGAAGAUGUGGAGCGUCAGCUCCUGGCUGCACGAGCCAUCCGCGAGCGCGGCCAGAAAGAGGGGGGCAGCGUGAUGGCCGGAAUUGCAGCGGCUGCUGUCUCAGCUGCCCGCACGGCAUGCAGCGAAGAUCGCUUGGCGGAGCUUGAGGAAGACCUUCAAAGCACGAGGGAUGUGAAAGCAGCUGCGGAGGCAUUGAUGAGCGAGAUUGCCGCUCAUGCAGGCAAACCGAGCGAUUCUGCAGGUGAACUGGCCGAUGCCCUAGAGGCAGACAGGAGCCAAGAGGCACGGUGCGGGCAGGCGGCAGCCGAUGGUCUUCAACAGCCUGGGCCUAACCCCAGCGAGGAGGCAGUGAGGAGUUUCACCGCUGAGUUGCUUGAAGCGUUGGCUGCAUGCCGUAUGGAAAUGGAGCUGGUGAGGCCUGCGUGUGACUGA